AAGAAAUUUAAAAGCACCCUGUUCAGUAUCAGUGCCAUCAUCUACCAGAACUGAGCCGAGUGAGAAAGGAACUGGCGUUUCAGAACCAUGGACAGCAAAAUUGUCCUCUUCAAGCUGCUCUGUGCCAGUCUGCUGAUUGCCUGCCUGUGCAAUGCCCAGUCCUCAAGGGAAAUGUCUUCAGAAGACUUUGAUGGCAACAAAUCACCCUCUUCUUCUGAGAAGGAGUUGGUUGAAGCAAUGGAGGAGCUCUUGGGAAAAUUUCAGGACAGAUAUCCGACCUAUCAAAAGAAAGCUCAGAUUCCACUGUGUGACAUUGGCGAGAGAUGUGCCGUGAAACAAGGACCUAGAAUUGGCAAACUGUGUGACUGCUCCCGUGGAUCCUCUUGCAACUCUUUCCUGCUGAAGUGCAUAUGAAAGUGAGUUUGUUUUGAGAGCGUGCAUUCUCUAGCAGCACUAAGGAAGAAAUCAGCAGUCAACGUGUUUGCUUAUAAAAUGCCUGUCAUUUCUAGGGAAUCCAGAGACACAGAUUCAAUGGUCGUUCCAUGUCCACAAUUUUUCUCAUUAUUUGGAAUUGCUAAUAAAUAUCUCAUGCAUUUUCUGGUUUUGAUUGUAUGUAUUUUCUUUAUGCUUUGGAAUGGUGGAAUGUAUGUAACUGUGGAUUUAAGCUACUGCACAUCAUGUGUAGGCGCUAUAGAAUUUCUCCUGCUCAAACACAUAUGCAAAUAAACAAUAUAUAACUAAUGCUUGAUGAUUUUUUUUUUGUUACAUGCAAGUGUACUUAAAUUCUUUCAUACUCAAAUGUUUGUCUAUAGUUGCUAUAGAAAUAUGAAAUAAAUCUACCAACUCUAUAAAAUGA